AUGAGUAGAAAAAGCAGCCCUGUAUGGAGUUUUUUUACAAUCGUAGAUAAGACUAAUCAAAUCGCAAAAUGUGACAUUUGCAAGAGUGAUAUUUCUUUUAAAUCCUCUGUUUCGAAUUUAAAAAGACAUAUUUCUAAAAAACAUCCUACGGUGCAAUUGUCAGUAGGGCAAACACAAACAACUAGAAAUGGCAUUACGAUAGGGAAUUCUGAGAUAGAGAAACCACAGGAACAAGCGCCUUUGCCAACUGAGAGCUCCAGUCCUGGUACUAGUUCAAUUAGCUCUGUUUCUGCUAGUGGCACCAUUCACCCAAAACCACGUCAAACCACCUUGUCAUCGUAUUUACCAAAAAAAGUGACAGGAAUUCGUCAAAGCACUAAACCUAAUUAUGAACUUCCAUCUCGCCAAACAAUUUCGAGGAGUUACAUACCUAGUUUGUAUGAGGAGUGCGUCUUGCGUGUUAAAGAAAUUAUUUCGAAAGUUUCAUCAGUUUCCCUAACAACUGAUGCCUGGACCUCCAAGACAAAUGAUAGUUUUGUCGGAAUUACAAUACAUUUUAUAGAUGAAGAAUUUAGGUUUCGGUCAGCCCUAUUAAAAUGUGCUUUCUUUGAUAAGGCUCAUACUAGCAUAAAUCUUGCUGCUGACUUGAAAUCUGUAGCAGAAGAAUGGGGACUUGAAAAAAAAAUUAUGCUCGCUGUGUCAGAUAAUGCAUCAAAUAUCAAGUCAGCAAUAGCUAAAGAACUUGGGUGGAAGCAUUUUGGGUGUUUUGCUCAAACACUUAAUUUAAUAGUUCAAAGUGCCCUAAAUCUAGACUUAAAUAGAGAACUUUUAGAUAAAGUUAAAACUGUUGUUGGUCAUUUUAAAAGAAGCCCCAAGGCAACAUUUAAACUGAUAAAAACUCAGCAGAACAGUGGAGUCAAGAAUCCUCUCAAACUCAUUCAAGAUGUGGCGACAAGGUGGAACUCCACAUUCUACAUGUUGCAAAGAUUUACCGAACUGGAGGAAGCAGUACGGAGUACGGUAGCUCUCUUGGACGUCACAUUGCCACCCAUUAGUUUGGAAGAGUGGCAAAUACUUCGGGAUCUGCAAAAAGUGCUGGAACCUUUUGAAGAGGCAACAAAGGUCGUUAGCGGUCAACAGUACAUGACUGCCUCAUUAGUAAUUAUUGUUACUAAUGGGCUGUUGGGUGUCUGCAAACAGAUUUUAGAGUCUUCAGACUUUGCUGUGAAUGCAAAAGUUGUGGCAAAGAAACUCGAAAAAGAACUUACGGAACGCCUUGGAAAUGUGGAAUAUAGCAAUACAUUAGCCAUGUGUACUUUUUUGGAUCCACGUUUUAAAACCCUGUUUUUUAUGAGCGAAGAUGCGGGAAAAAAAGCUCAAAAGGAAGUAAUUUCUGCAUUAGCAGACAUUAUUUAUAGAAAAGAUUUGGAGCAGCAGAAAAAAGUUAAAAAAGAUGCCAGUACUGACGAAACGGGAAGUCAACAAAAUGAGUCAAAAAUUGCCGAACCUUUUAAUGUCGAGAAAAAACAGAAACUCUCAAUAUGGGCCUCCGUUGACAAAUUAAGCUCAAACAAACCCACUCAAAUAAAAUCCUCAACAGCCAGAUCCAUUAUUGAAGUCCAGAGAUAUAUGGAAGAUGAACCCCUUGAAAGAAAAAUGGACCCUUUGACUUGGUGGCUCGAGAACAGAUUUGUUUACCCAAACUUAGCAUUAUUGCAAAGAACCGAUGAGUACGACAUCUUGGCAUCUCACGCUAACUAUACACGUGAACAAGUCAACAAGCCGACAAGCACUCGCGAAUCGUCAAAGAACGGAAUCGGGAAUCGAAAACCGGCGUCGGCAUAG